AUGUUUGGUGAUGGUACCCAUUACAAGCUGGAAAAUACCGUCAAGAGAGCAGUCACCCAUUACACCAAAUUAAUCGAUGCCAAUUACCACAAGCUUAACUUCACGAUCGCUAAUUCUAUCUCCCAAGGAGUCACUGUCGAUUGCUCUGCAUUAACGCGUAAAUUUAAAUCUGAUUGGAAUCUUAAUCCUUCCAACUACGUGCCACCACUUUAUACUGUUGUUCAUCAACACGCAACUACUGACGUUAACUCUGGUAAAUCGCUUAUCAUUCCGCUCGGUAACACUCUCACUACUAACCACCCGUUCCCUUUCUCCACCGUCCCUGAAAGAUACCUAGGUGUAAACUUCAACCCAGAUGGUCAUUGCUCUAAACUGGCAAUUAAAUGUCUCAAUUUUUUUAUAAAUACUAAUCAUUUUCAAAGAUCUAUACUCCCAUAUAUUUGUUACUUUCUAAAACAAAUAAAUGAAUAUGUGUCUGAUGAUUUGAUACAUUGUUUUUUAAUUUAUAUUCAACCCUUAUGUCCUGUUUCUCAGAUUUUUGCUGUAGCUCUUGCACCUGAUGUCAAAGCAAAGUUUACUGCUUUGAUGUCUUUGGGUCUUGCUUUCACUGGAAUGAUGGUGGUCUAA